AGGGUCCAGUCCAGCCUCGCAGCCCCCGCAGGCUGCACGCGUGGCUCCGCGAUAUGCAGUGGAGGAGCGUCGCUUCCAAUGGCGUGGCGAUAAAUUCGGCCCUUGACGCCAGAUAACGUGUUAUCGCGCUGACCCGCCUGCUUUCGUAAUCUCCAUGUACACAUCCACGUCGAGUGGGGAAGACACGAGAAGGGUGGAAGAAGGAGAACAAAAAAAAAAGCAAAGGGGGCUUCUCUCUCUCUCUCUCUCUCUCUCUCUCUCUCUCUCUCUUUCUCGACUCUUCUUGUUGUGGUUGCUGCCUGCAUGCAUGGCGCUUGCUGCUGCAGCCCAGCCCUGCCUCCUCAACUUUCCUCUGGAUUACUACUUUGAUCGAUUUCGUCGCUGAAUGAGAAAAUAUUGCUCGGUGCUCCGCAUUGGUCGUCAGAGGUUAAGGUUCACCCGAGGAGGCCAUUGGCGGAGAGGCGUCACGUGACCACGGGGUGCCAAUGUUCUUCUACAAGGGUGUCAAGACCCUGUCACUUUGUGAAAUAAAUAUCGGGAAACGGCGAGAUGCAAAAGGCAACCUACUACGACAGCGCGGCAAUUUACAGUGGCUACCCGUAUCAAAGCGCAAAUGGCUUCAGUUAUGAUGCCAAUCAGGUCCAAUAUCCCCGCGCCUCUCAUGUGGAAAGUGACUACCAUCGACCCGCCUGCUCCCUGCAGUCUCCUGACGGCUCCGUGGCUCCUCUGCACAAGCCGGUGGAGAUGGCGGCGGAGAGCUGCGACGCCGCCCGAGCGGCGCCGUCCAAGGCGCAUCAUCCCGAGAGCACCCCUCCUCCCUCGCGGUCCCCCUCCGAUACCGGCCAGAACGCCAACAACGGCGGCGGCCAGCCCAGCGCCAAAAACGGCUCGCCGUCCUCGGGCGCCCGCAGCAAGCAGAUCUUCCCCUGGAUGAAGGAGUCCCGACAGAACACCAAGCAGAAACCCGCAAAUAGCGCCAGUUCAGUGGAGAGUUGCCCGGGAGACAAGAGUCCUCCCGGCUCAGCCGCCUCCAAGAGGGCCCGGACGGCUUACACCAGCGCCCAGCUCGUGGAGUUGGAGAAGGAGUUCCACUUCAACCGGUACCUUUGCAGGCCUCGGAGGGUGGAGAUGGCCAACCUGCUCAACCUGACGGAGAGACAGAUCAAAAUCUGGUUCCAGAACCGCAGGAUGAAAUACAAGAAGGAUCAGAAGGGCGUGGGAAUGCUGCCUUCCCCCGGGGGGCAGUCCCCUCGGAGUCCAGUGGGGCCUUCUUCCGGCGGGGGAUACCUCAGCUCUAUGCAUUCUCUGGUAAACAGUGUCCCUUACGAGUCCCGGUCGCCGACGUCUUACAGUAAGAAUCAUCAGAACGCGUACGGCAUGACCACGUCGUACAACCCUGCUCUGAACAACUCCCACAAGAGGUAUCCCGACUCGGCCACGCCCGAGUAUGACGCGCACCCCCUGCAGGGGGGCAACUACGGCACGCACAUGCAGGGCAGCCCCGUUUAUAUCGGCGGAGGUUACGUGGAACCCAUGCCCAACUCCGGGGCUUCUGUUUUCGGCCUCACCCACCUCCCGCACCCGCCGUCCUCCAACAUGGACUACAAUGGAGCAAUCACAAUGGGCAACAGUCAGCAUCACGGUGUGUGCGAUCCCACACCCACGUACACGGACCUUACACCGCAAUACUCUCAGGGAAGAAUCCAGGAGGCGCCGAAACUGACUCAUCUGUAGCGGCGGCGCAGUCCGUAUCACUCCGCCCAUUGUCUUGUAGCCACCUCGGGGUCGCAUCACCGUCUUUUCUUUGUGUGCCUCCACACUGCGGUUACCUUCUCUCUUUCUCGCGCUCUCCCCUUUCCCCCCUUUUGGUUUCCUUUAGUUUGAUGAUGUGUGAAGUAGCCUAUAGGAUAAAUAAUCUUUUCUUUUUUUUUUCUGAAAAAAGAAAUUUCUGUGGGUUUGAGGAGGCCUAUUUAAUCUAUUUUUAAAUGUUUUUUUUUUUUUUCCAAUUCAAACAGGGUAUUAUGAAAACAUGUUAUUCGUUUUGUAUGUGAACUUAUUUAUCCGCAUUUGAAGUUGAUUUUAUAUUUUUUGGAAAUGCAUUUUGUUGCACUUGUGGAAGGAUCCAGAAAUGCAUUUGUCAAAAUAAGGGUAACGAGCUUAUAGGCUGCAACCCCUUUGCUUGUGUUGUUCUAUUUGGACUCUGAUGUUAUUUAUUUUUUUGUUUAGUGUUAAAAAUACCCCUUUGACACUUUUGCGAGAAGCUCAGUGUGUUCAAGCCCCCCGCCCCCAUUUUCAGCCCACAUCUGCUAUCAUCACGCAAGAUCCAUUUUCACCCUUCUUAAUUCGAAUAGAUACUUUGUAUUCAUUUUAUUUGAUUACCCACAGAAUGUAAAAUCAAUCAGUCGACGCAAUAAGGGUGGAAAGAAGGAUACACUUUAGGAGUUUCUUUAUUGAACAGAAUUAGAACACACGACAAACCCUUUCCUAUACAUUCCAUGCUGCUCCAGUUCGAAGACGUAAAUAAAACAAUUGAAAUACAAUCAAAGCACAUUUGUUUUAAUUCGACAAAUUCAGAAUGCAUAUGAUUUAUUUUUAAUUGUGGAGGCAAAGCGCCUGUAAUGACCGUUGCAUUAACUGCAUUUCGCGACAGAAAAUAGUGCGGUGUCUAAACUGAUAAACUCAAAUAAAAAUAAUUUAAAAAAAUAAAAUCAAUGCACAAUCAAUUUUUCUCGCAUACAAAAAUCUGGCAUUAAUAUCUUUCAGUAAAAUAGUAGGAGCUGGCGGUUACACACGAGCAAAAAGAAAAAGCUGCAUAAUUUAUUUCCCUCUCUUCCUGAUGAGACGUGAAGAAAACUCUCGGGUGGCCUUCUUCUUCUCCUCUCAUCUCAUCUGCGUGGGCACAUCCAUAAUAAUAAAAAUGUCAGCCGCCGGACCCUCAGCAGCCCCUGCGAGUAGACGACAAUCUAAAUGAGAAAUCGUUAGAAAACUAAUGUCCCUGAGUGUGCUUCGAGUCGGUCAAAUGUAGCCACCGAGCUCCAAGUGAAUUCGUAUUGGCUGGUUUGUCUCAUUAUGCCGCAAAAUGCACCUAAAAGUCCAAAUGUCUUGAAAUGCAUCGUUAAGAUGAUGGAUAAAGCAAAUGAAAUUAUCGCUAGAUUAAAAAAACAAAACAAAAAAAAAACCUUGAACUCUUUGUAAGUGCACCGAAACGAAUAUGCUUUGAAAAAAAACAAACAAAUGGAAAAUAAUAAACAAACAUCCAUUUUAGUGUUAUUUAUAAAAAUAAAAAUACAAAAAAUG